ACGCUUUCCAUUUUUAUGCAGUACAAAAGAGUUGAGAGUUGCCAAUACUGUAGCAUCCACAUAAUGGCCAAGUCAAAGAAAAACAAGAGGAAUUUGUCGGAUAAAAUCCGGCGCAACAGGACCACACAAGAGGUCAAGAACAACCCGUUUGAGAUCCGUAUCAACCGUCAGAAGCAGCACAUCCUGGGCAAGAAGAUCAGCAAGCAUUCCAAGGGACUUCCUGGGGUCUCUAGGUCCAAAGCUAUCAAAAAGCGCAAAGACACCCUCCUGAAGGAGUAUCAGCAGAGACACAAAAGCAAUAAGUUCAUCGAUAAGCGAUUUGGAGAGAAUGAUCCUACACUCAGUGUUGAGGAAAAGAUGAUGCAAAGAUUUGCAUUUGAGAGACAGAGGGGUCACUCUAAGGAGGCUAUCUAUCAGCUGAAUGAGGAGGAAGAGCUGACCCAUUAUGGCCAGUCACUGGCAGAUGUGGAGAAGUUUGAAGACACUCAGCUAGCUAGUGAUGAUGAGGAUGAGGAUGGAAACUUGGGAGCAAAAUAUGUGGCUGAAGAACACUUUGGGGGAUUCCUGACUAAGAAGAAAGCAGGAGACACAAAGGAAGAGGACACGAAGCCUAAAUCUCGCCAAGAGAUACUUGAUGAAGUCAUUGCAAACUCAAAGAAAGACAAGUACGAUCGUCAGCACCAAAAAGAAGACUUGGUGAAUCUUACAGAAAAGCUGGACAAGGAUUGGAGUGCGGUCUCUGGCCUUAUCUUCUGCUCCAAGCGUGAUAAGUCAACCCCUAAAGACAGGCCCAAAGCAGAUGACUAUGAUAUAGCUGUCAGAGAGCUGAUGUUUGACGUGAAAGCUAAGGCAACGGACCGAAUGAAGACACCAGAGGAGAUUGCCCGAGAUGAGAAGGAGAGACUGGACAAACUUGAGCAGGAUAGACAGAGGAGGAUGCUGGGAAUUACUGAGGGGGAGGAGCAAGAGGCACGACGGAGGGCGGGGCAUCAAUCGGCCGAUGACCUCAAUGAUGGGUAUGCGUUGGAUGCCAUUUCUAAGACUACGUUAAGCUAUAAAGAUGGAAAGGCUAUCAACAUGGACAUAUUUGGAGCCAGGAUUAAGAAGAGGCAAUCCAGAAGAUCCGAGAAUGAAGACCAAGAUGACGAUUCCAUUGGAGAUGAUGAAGAAGAUGAUGGGAAUGAAGAGGAUGACAGUGAUGGGGAAGGAGAUAAUGAAGAGCAAGAACAAGAUGAAGAUGAAGAUGACGAUGACGAUGAUGAGAUUGAGGAUAACCACUCAGACUUGGAGUCAGAAAAUGCAGAGAGUGAGGAUGAAGAAGAGACGUCAAGUAGGAAACCAUCCAUAUCAAAAGAGAUGAUGCAAGCAAUUCAAAAAAGUGCAAAAGAGGAAUUACCAUACACCUUUAAAGCACCUGAGAAUUAUGAAGAGUUCAUGGACGUUGUAGGCGGCCAGUCACACAUCAACCAACUCCUAAUCAUUGAGAGAAUACGUACUUGCCACCACCCCAGCCUUGCUGAGGGCAAUAAAGACAAACUAGACACUCUCCUGGCGAUACUUUUCCAGUACUUUGGGGAGGUUGUCAACCAAGAUUCGGUCAGGAUGGAAUUUCUGGAUGGGCUGACAAAACAUAUCUAUGAAUUAACACAGCAGUCAUCAUUGCAUGCCGGUAAAUGCAUGCAAACACUGAUAGUGGAUAGACACCAACGAUUCACUGAGGAGACAGACAGAAGAGGCAGGGGAGUCUUUCCUUCCAUGGAUACGUUGAUGUAUUUCAGAUUGGUGGGAGUGCUUUUCUCGACCUCUGACUUUCGACACAGUGUGGUGACCCCAACCAUGUUGUUCAUGGGUCAGAUCCUGUCCCAGUGCCCAGUGCGGACGUGCAGGGAUGUGGCAUCAAGCCUCUUCUUGUGCAAUUUGUUUCUAAAGUAUGUUCGGCUCUCUAAGAGAUAUGUACCAGAGGUUAUCAGCUACCUGAGGGGUCUGAUGUUCCUUGCCAUGGAUAAGGAGCUGGGUCAUGUCUAUGAUGUCAUCCCUCCAUUCAAGCCAGUGGGCAGGCACAUUGAUGUUCUGAGGUUACAAUCUAACAGCAACACAGUCACAAGAAACAUAAAGGUCAAACCCCAGUGCAUUUUGGAGGUCCUCUCACAGGCAGAAGCCAGAGAGUUAGAGACAGAUGAGUUUCGCUGCUGGGCUCUUAGCACUACACUCAGCCUGCUGUCGGAGUUUGCCAAGCUCUAUCAGGGACUGACCUGUGCUAAAGAGAUCUUUGCUCCUAUCAGGGGCUGGUUAGAAGCCGAAGGAAUUCCCAUCAAGAGAUACCCAGACAAUAUCCAGGGGCUGCAUGAGUCUCUGCUCAAGCAAGUGACCUCCCUGAGUGACCAACCCAAGAUCUGCCUGCAGCGUGAGAAGAAACGACCGCGUCCUCUGCAGAUGUUUGACCCCAAGAUCGAGGAAGAUUAUGAUCCCAUCCGCAAGAAGAAAAAGGAUGUUGGCAGUGCAAAGAAUGAGAAACAGAGAUUGUUACAUAACUACAAGAGGGAGAUGAAGGGAGCUAUACGGGAGAUCAGGAAAGAUGCACAGUUUCUGGCACGGGAGAAACUAAAUGAACAAAUAGAAAGGGAUUUAGAAAGAAAAGAGAAAGUCAAGAGAAUCCAUCAGCUACUAGCGGGUCAGGAAGGGGACUACCAAGCCACCAAGCGAGGCCGCAUCAACCUCAAAUAAAGCAGUUUUUAUGUAUUCAAAAGGCAGUCUUUGUAACCUGUGGUAGCAAGUCACAUAUGGCCAAAAUUCGAAGAUUUUAAUUUGAACUUCUUCAUAUAACAAGAUUGCAAAGUCAACGUUUUAAUCUUGUAAAUGUUUGCAAUCAAUAUGGCUAUUUGGUAUUGGGUAUUGCCCUCCAUCAGCUUAUAUUUGAGGGGCAACAACCAACAUUAACAUUUUUGAGAUUCCAUCGUCAUUUAUGGCUCUUCAGUAAUGUUUGAAAUGGUUUGCCUUUACAUGGUGUUUGAAAAGCUGCUUUCUAUGAAACAAGCUCAUGGAAGUUUGACAAAUAAAGUAGCAAAAAGGUCAAUCAAAAUUUAAAAACAAAGAGUGGAAACAAAACAAUGUACGUGUACUAAAAUACAGAAUGUCCCUUUUUGAAUAUAUAUUGACCUCUGCAGCAUGGAUCACCACUUGAUUUGCAAUAACUGUUAAAUGUUGCAGAUCUGUUAUCACAGAAAAGGCCCUGUUUAGGCUUUUUUCUGUGUGAUGUCCUGUAAUGCCAUUUUGCUGAGUACUGGGUCUUGAACAUACUUCAGCUUUCAAGGUAUUGAGCAUUUUGUAAAGCGGUGUGUUGGUAGGAAGAAUGCACCACUUUCAUUGACUCCAUUACUAUCAAGUUUCCUUGUUCUCCCUGAUAAUAAUUUAAUGGAGUGGCCACUUCUGGUAUUAAAAUUGGCUUGCCCAAGGACAUCUCCUUGCCGUUUCACUCACUCAAAGGCAGUGUUGUAGUCAAUUCCAUCAAUAGUCCUUCACAAGUCCUUCAGUCUCGUCAAAUCCGUGAUGCAACCAUGGUGAAAAAACACACUUAGGCCAGAAAGUAAUGUCUAUGGCGAUUUCAAAGGAAAAUACGUGUACAACAUUUGCAAACACCAAAAAUCAAACUACCGUUAUGGCGAAAUGAGUCAUUGGAUUAUUAGUGAAUGACAUUCUAAAGCAUCCUUUAAAAUCGUUGCACUUGGUGUGCUGACAUUUUCAAGAAAGCAUUUUCAAGGAAACUAAUUCCAACACUGGUCAGCCGACCAGCAUGGGAAAAAAACUGGCUUUUUUUCAAAUACUGCUCCCAAUUUAUCAUAUUUAGUUAGUCUGCAUUUUCUUUGCAAUCAAUUAUGCACCUCUGAAAGGGUACAAGCCAGCCACACUGAUUCCCUGACCUUACAAUUCCCUUGCGUCUAUAAAUUGUUAUGUUUCCUCUAAAGUGCGGUCAGGGAACAAGACUACAAGAACCUGAUUGCUUUUCUUGGCUUUUUUCCAGCAUCUACAAACCCAACACGUAAAACAAUAUUUGCUAAAGAAUGCUAACUACCAAAUCCAUCCAUUUCUGAAAAUUACAGCAAAAGUAAAUGUUGUAUAUUCCCUUCAAGGGGUUUUCUCAAGAGAAAAAAACACCAAAUCCUGGACAAAUUGAGAGAAAAUGACCUGAAUGUUUGUACCCAUGUUCAUUUUCGGGACCGCUUUCGCUGUUGGCCACCAGGCCCAUUCAUACGUAUACGUGCAUAAUAAUGAAUUUAUUAGUAAAAAGUCAGUAACUGGAAUUAACAAUUAUUCAUAUUGGGGCCGAGGAUGCACGAACCGUCCCCGCAUGUAAGUGCCAUUGCUACAUGCAACACGUACCCUGGGAUGUAGUGGUAUGCAGUGGUAUGCAGUAUCUGUCCAUGCCAGUGCAUGGCAGGCGAACUAAACCCAGCCAAUACCGAUUUGAUUUCAAGUCUACUCAAGAAAUGGAUAUUUGCAUUGAAUGAAUUAGUUCACAUAAUAUGUUGCAUUGAUAAUUUGGCGUAUUUACUUUCAUCGAAGUACGUUAUUGUAAACUUGUUGUUUCAUUUGCAAUUAUCCCUUCAUAUUUAAAGGGCAUAUUUCGGUCACAGUUUCUCCAGGUACUGUGGUACCAUGGGCGUCGAACAGGAUUGGGGGACUUUUUAAAGUCAUAUUCUGACUUGUUCUCACUCUAACAAAUUUGGGUUUUAUUCUGUGACUCUCAAAAUCUAUGAAAUGCUGCCAUUCUGGCUUUUUUGGGCAGAAAUAAAGUUUGUAAUUCUAUAAAA